UCUCACACACGCAGAUGAACACAGGGUUUUAACUGUGCGGCUUCAGCCGGUGUCAGAUCAGCUGAUCGCCUCGUCGCAGCGACCAAAACAAGCUAACGCUAGCUUCUCGUAGCUGGUGGCGGUACAGUCAUGACAGGAGAUGACGGUGUGAGACGAUCCUGGCUUCAGUGAGGGACUGAGGGCGUCUGGCCAUCAUCCAGAUUGAAACAAACUUCUAAGUGGAGACUAGCAAUGCCUUAUCUCUGAAAAUGGGAGGCAGUGGAUCCAAAGCCAAAGGUGUCUGGCCUUUCUCAGGCAGUGGAGCUGGAGGCGAGGCAGCCGUCGAGGGGAACGAGCAGACUCUGGCCAGGCUCAAAGGUUCCAGAAGUGCAACACCCUUUGUUUUUACCAGAAGGAGUUCUUUAUACUACGACGAGGACGGUGACCUCGCCCACGAAUUCUACGAAGAGACAGUGGUGACAAAAAACGGCAGAAAGAAGUCCAAGUUGAAGAGGAUCCAGAAAAAUCUGAUUCCACAGGGAAUUGUGAAGCUCGACCACCCGUGUAUUCAUGUAGAUUUCCCCAUCAUCCUCUGUGAGGUGUGAAGCAUUGCACAGGACCGAUCUGCCAUGAGGCGCAGCCGCAGGUACUCAUCUCGGAGCAAAGUGUUGUUCCAGUGACGGUCGAGACUGGAACCAGUGUCACGUUAAAUUGAUAUCAUGAAUGAAAUGUUAUACAUUUGAAUUCAGCGAUGGUCAGAGUGCCCUGUUCACUAAAAAUCCAAUUUUUGAUAUUCCCAACAGUAGUGACGGUACAGGUUGUGUUUCCACUACCCAGCUGAUAUGUAAGCAGUCUUAGAGAAUACAUCAAACAGAGUUGUGAUUCUCUUGUUUUUCUCUUGAGUUUUUUUGCAGGGAAAAAUAUCCUCGAUGUGAAAAGGCUUUAACAGUUUAUGCCUUCUGUGAUACGUAGAGUGUUAGACUCUGUUUGUGUCUUCGUAUGUGUACAUGUGUGCACUUAGGUUUGUUUGUGUGAAUGUGUGUCAGAGGCUGAUGAGAGAGAUUACAGGGUAGGAAAAUGAAGGAUUGUGAAAUUUCUUGUACAUAUGGACAUGUUCUACAUUGUCAUGUCUGAGUCUGUUUCAGUGACUGGAGCUCAGACCUGCACUAGUGAACAUAUUGUACUGUAAAUAAUAUCAGAUUUCUUAGUUGGAAAUACUUGAAUAAAUGGUUUACUGAGCUGAA